AAACUAGCCACAGCACAUCGCAAACGAGCUUGUCAAAUCGCGUCUCGCGCCGUAGACGUUUGCUCGUGCGGCGGCGAUCCGCUCGCGCUUUGGACUUGUGUUUGUGUCGAAAAUAUGCCUUUUAUUUCUAAAGACUGGCGUUCACCUGGCGAGGAAUGGGUCAAAACACAGGAGGGAUGGGAAAAGAAGAAAGUACUAGAGUGUACAGCGCAGAGAUAUCCCGCUAUUUCUAACUAUAAUAACCCAGCUGACCAGCCAAAGUCAUGGAGCCAGGAAGGUGACGAAGGCGAGAAAGGUGAUUCUGUGGCCAGAGUUCCCCCGCACUGUCAUAUCACUAUCAAAUGUACUAGAGAGAUCGCAGGUUUCAACGGCCUCUCAGAAGCCGUCCGCCGCCUGGACUUCUCUUCAGCUGUCCGCGACGUCCGUCGGUUCAAUUAUAUCUGCGCGUUACUAGAACUGUUGCUCUGCGGUCAGCGCCUGACGCAUUUACCUGGCGCGGCGCAGAAGUUAUUACUUUCUAUGCUGGAACAACUUGCGGACCAAGUGGCCACAUCGAAGCAGAACCUGAACGCCCUCCGCGCGCUGCUGGGGGCGCUGGGCGCGCUGCGCGAGGCGGAGCGGCGCGCCUGCUGGGGGCGGCCGCUCGGCUCGCGCGCGCUGUGGGGGCACCACGACCACGCCAUCGCCCGGAUACACCACAUCGCCGACGGCAUCCGGAUACAGGAGCCGGGACCAGAGGUAGUGCCUAAGCUUCACGAUUUACCCGAGGAGUGCAUCAGGGAGAUACUACUAAGGAUAGCGGAUCACAGGGAUUUAGAUGCGGCGUCAUCAGCAUGGAACGUGAUGGCCUCCGUAUGCUCAGAGCAACGCACUUGGCGUGAACUGGUUGCAUUCCACUUCACGCGUCCUCAGAUCGAGACUGUCACCAAGGACAAGGAGGAUGUUGACUGGAAGAGUGUGUUCCAUCAGCUCAGGAAAUUGUAUGGAUUGCGGCAAGACGCGCAGUACGCGGAGACAUUGUCGCUGUGUCGCCACUGCAAGUGCCUGUUUUGGCGCUCGCUGGGGCAUCCAUGCAUUGCCGAUCAGUGUCCGGAGUACCGCGAGCGCCUCCGCUCGGCGGGCGGGCCGCUGCCGCCGCACCCCGUGCCGCCCGCCGCCUUCCUCAAGUUCUUCUCGCUCUGAACACGUGCAGCUCCGCGUCUAUUACACGCGUGCCACGACCUGUUACCAUGGUAACGUACCGUGUCUCCUUUGUUCGAGUCACUCUACUGUAGCUAAAGUACUUUAGGCCCCGAACGUCUGAGUCGAUGUACUGUAACUAUUUUACUUUCGACGCCGAGCCGCCCGGCCGGUUUAUUGUGAGUGCUUUACUUGUAGUACCGAGAGGAGUCGGUUACUUACUAUAACUAUUGUAAGUAUUCUUGGGACUGGACGUCCGAGUCUAUUAUGUCACCGAACGUCUGAGCCGGUCUACUGUAGCUACUAUACUUAUGGCAGCAGGCAACCUAGUCGGUCCACUGUAUGUCCUAUAUUUAUAUCAUUGGAUGAUCAAAAUUACUGCUUUUAUGACAUCGAUUGUCCUCGCCAACAGAUAGGUACAGAUUCGUCGCCACAGUUGGACACAAAAUCAAUACUAUAGCUACUUGCAGAGCUGUUCCGUCAAUUUACUGCAGCUAUUUUACUUGUGACUUGUGACUCAUACUAAGUCCAAUUUUUCGAAUCUUAUUAAUAAUUAUUUUUACAAAAAAAAUGGACUAAACGAAUUAAUAUGUCGGAAUCAAUAUUCCCUCUAUAGGGACGCAAACCUUAAUAAUAUAUAUUUUUCCAUCCUAAAAUAUGUGA